AGACGAAAUGGGACACGCUAAACCAGGAUUCAUAUUGGAGUUGCGGAGAAGUGGGAACGUCGCGAGACUACUAUGAGCGUGUGGUCAAGGCGUAGCAGAACACCGUCAAAAUGUAAACAUUGGGUGAACAACCUAAACGUUGACCCGAGAUAAUUUACUGUCACGGGUUCUUAACAACCAGAAUCAUAGUAAAUAGUAUUACGUUAAUUUUUGAACUGCAUUGCGACUUUAUCGCGCAUCUAAGAAAAGUAGAUUUAAUUGAAAAUAUUUAGUCAAACCAGCCAACCAACUACAGCCAGCAUGCCUCUCAUAAACUCUGAGAAAAGGACCAUUAUUGUGACUGGAUUUGGUCCGUUUGGAUCACACAAAAUUAAUGCUAGUUGGCAGGCUGUAAAACUACUGCCUGAGAUGCUCGAUGUAGACGAUCUCGAUGUUACUCUUAUUGUGGAGGAAAUUCCUGUUGACUAUGAAGAGAGUGUGAAAAGAAUGAGUAAAUUAUGUGAAGAACAUAAACCCAUUUUAGUGAUCAACGUAGGGGUCUCAGCUUUGGCCACAGAAAUGACCCUGGAAACUUGUGCAUCCAAACAUGGAUAUGUAAAACCUGAUACACGCGGAAAAGUACCAUCUCAGAAGGAAUGUUGCUUGGGGGAAACACCAAGAGUUUCCACAAACCUGGCUCUUGAAAAACUAGUGGCAGAUCUUAACAAUCUUGAAAUAGGAGUGAACUUCUGUACAUCUAAUAAUGCAGGGCUGUAUCUUUGUGAGUUUACUUACUAUACAUCUCUGUGCCUCAACAAACAGAAUAGUUUAUUUGUCCACAUACCCGAUAUUGGCAAACCAUAUACAUCAGAGGAAGCUGCAAAAGGUCUAUGUGCAAUCAUCCAGCUUGCAGUAGCGCAAGUCAGGGGCAACAUAAUGGGAAAAACUGAUGUUUCUGUUUAAAAGUUUCUUUUACCUUUUAUUUUUUUGAUUUUCUUGCCCUAUUGUAAGAGUUUAAGUGAAUGUAGUAAAAGAAAGGCCGUUCAUUGUCAUCAUGCUUGCUAUUUUAUCAGUAUAUUGGUGAUGGGGUUUUGUUUUUAAGCUUGAAUGGGAGUUACAAUUUUUAAACCUCAUUACUUGGUGCACAUCACCUAAAAAUAUUAUGAAGUUUGUUUAAUUCUCAGUGGUUAAUUUUAGUAUUUGUUUAAAUUUUAGGUUUGUGUUUAAAUAAAUAUAACAAUUUAUUUGA